GGAGUGGUGAUGGGGGCACUGUUGGAAGAUCCGAAGGACCAGGUUGGGGACGGUGUAUUUGGUCACUGAGAGCUGAUGAUGGCACGUGAUCAAGCAAUCAGCUCCCCAGACCUGUUGCUGCCAUUUAGACAGCAAGGAGGUCACGUUCACUGUGGGGGAACAAGGGCUCAUGUUUCGCUGGGCCGGGAAAGUCCGUCACGGCAACCGGCUUGGUCCCUGGAGACUGAGGGAGGGCAAGCCCUUUGGGUGCCCAGGAGGAGCCGAGGCUGUAGGAACCGGGCUGCGCUUGGCUGGCUGCUCCCCACCCACCACAGCACAACUUCUGCUUUCUGCCCCACCAAGAGAGCGCCAGCUACACUCCGCCAGCCGGCUGCCGUUCCUUUUUCUCUGCCGUUCCAAGGCUGCUCCUGGGCACAGCCGCGCUCCCCAAUGUCUGAGGGUGUGACCUACGCUGACCUGCAGUUUGCAAGAAGCCCCCCGGAGAAAAGCCAGUGGGAAGAGCCCAACGAAGGGGAGCUCACCUAUGAGAACGUCCAGGGACCCUGGGCACAGGAGGAGGCGGUGGCAGGUGGCCCCCUGACGAGUGUCCAAGACCUGCCUCUCUGGCCAAUUUCAUGUCACCUCUGGAGCCCAGUGACAAACCGCCAAAUGCUGGGAGCCCUGACGGUCUUCCUCUUCCUUCUGGCCGCCAACAUAGGACUUGGCAUCCAAUACUUGCAGGCCUCCCAGCAGCUGCAACAAGCGUCCCGAGACCACGUGGCCGAGCGCCACGUCCUGGGAGAAGAGCUCCACGCCCUGCGAGUCAGCCUGGAGGAGAGCCAGCACCGGCGCCGGGCCCAGGAGGAGCUCAACUCCACCGCGGUGGCCCUUUGGGAGAGCCGGGCGGCAGAGAACCAGACCCGGCGGCAGCUGCAGCGCCAGGGACUCUUGCUGACCCGGGCCAACCACAGCCUGGCUCUGCUGCAGACGGAGAGGGAGAGCGCGGAGGCCAGCCUGAGCCAGGCCACCUCUUGCCAGCAGAUCGGUACGUUCCUGGCCCUGGCUCCUCUGUGGGAGCUUUCAAGCCCCUGUUGGCCGUGUCUGUGUGUGUGUCUGUGUGUGUGUCUGUGUGUGUGCGCUCGCGCUCCUUUCCUGUUUCAGUGGAAGGGCCUGCACUGCUGGGGGCAACUGCUGGAAAGCUUCCCUGGACAGGAGGGUGAAGGACGGGCAGCGAGGGCUGGGAUAGCGAUCUGGGUGGGUGAGUCCAGGAAACUGCGGCGAGGGCACGCGGGGGCACCCGUUGCUUCUCCAUAUUUGCCAGCUUGUGGGGAUGAGCUGCCCCCCCAGCCUCCGACCCGGGCCUGUCCCCGAGCCCCCUUUCCCUUCCCUCCUCCCUCAGAAGGCCUGCAGGCGUCGAGCCAAAAGAAGACGUGGGAAGAGAGCUCGGACGCCUGCAAGCGGAUGACCUCGCAGCUGCUCGUCCUGAAGCCCUGGUCGGCGAGAGCGCUGUGGGAGGCCGUCGGCGACGCGUACGGCGAGAAUCGCUGGGACAUGUUCUGGGUCGGACUUCGGUGUGAGGGUCGGAACUGCAAGUGGGUGGACGACUCCCCCUACCGAGGAAGUGAAAUCUCGUGGACCAGUUAUCAGUAUUAUCCAUUUGUAUCCAUGCGCAAUGGACAUCUGCAGAGGGUAUGGUCUUCGACAAGGGCUAAGUACAUCUGCGAGAAGGCAGCCAGUCCUGAGCCCCCCCCCGAACUGAGAGAUGGAUCUCUGUCCAUCUGGUUGUCUCCUCCUCCACAAUUGGUCAAUGUCCUUCCUAAAAUGGGCUGCAGCAUUCUAGGUGCGGUUCGGCCAAUGCAGAACAGAGGAGCAGUGACGUCUUUUGGACUUGGCAUUACGCUUCUGUUAACGCAGCCUGGAACUGCCCUGGCUAUCCUUGCUGCUGUAUCACACCACCGGCUCAUCUUCCGCUUGUGAUCCACCAAGACCCCCAGAUCCUUUUCAUAUACUGUUUCAGUAUAUGCUUUUCGUUUAGGGAUGGACAUUCAAGAGACUGUGCAUUUGUUUAGACCAUAAACAACAGGAUGUGGGAGAAUAAGCUGAAACUAAAUUCGGACAAUACGGAGUUGCUGCUGACUCUGGCGACCGGCUCCAGAGCGACGAUGAAGUCCCUGUUCUGAAGGGGGUGGCUGCCUUCGUUAAGGAACAAGUUCACAGCCGAGGACUCUUCCUUUAUCCAGAACCGAUCCUGGAUAGCUGGCAGGGGCUGUCAACAAUGUCAAAACGGCGGGCAUGACCAGGCGGUCAAAGUCCCACCCCUUUUUAUGCGCUUGGAUGGAUGCAACAUGCACUUCAAUUACCUGCUCAUGCCCACCAUUUUGACAUUGUUGAUGGCCCGUGUAACAGCUGUGGCAAGGGGAACUUCUUCUCAGCUUUACCUGGAGGAGAAAAAUGCCUUGUUCCAGAGGUAUAUGCACUGGUGACCUCCAAGUCGGAUUACUACAAAAGGCUCUGCAUGGAACGGCCCUUGAAGAUGGUCUGGAAAUUACCUCUGGCACAGGCACAGGGCCGUAGGUGCUGAGUGGCACCUCUAGGAGGUGUCAGGUCUCCUCCGGGUUGAAGCGGCUUAGUCACAAGUUGCUGCCUGAGCACAAUUCAAGGUGCGCAUCUUCACUUCAGCACCUGAUGCGACUUUUGCCCAGUGAUUCGAAUUUUAAGGAUUUUGUGUUUGGUUCUAAUGCACUUUUAGAACUGUCAGUGAUUUUUAGAACUGCAUGUGUUAUAUAUAUUGGAAUGGGUGGCAUAUAAAUGUAAGAAUAAAUGAAAUACUUUUUG